UUCCUUCCAACUCUUUGAUUUACUCACGAAUUUGAACAUUUUUCUGGUUGGUUGUUUUUGGGGUAAGCUCAGAGAGAUGACUGAUGCUGUUGGGAUCUGCUCGAAGAGCUUUUAUAGCAGUCGCCAGACGCAGCUAAGGGCUCAAACAGCCACCAGCUUUGGUUUCGGCUGCUGGCGAGGUCGUCCACCUUGAGGCGCAUUGGACAGUCGACAUCGAACAGCCACUUCGGCGCUCGGGCACUUCGGCACUUCGGAGAUCUGCAGCAGCCAGAAAGCAUAAUCAGCAGAGAUCGGUUCGGCUCACGAUCUGAUCGGAGCCGAAGUCGGGUCAUGCCGGGGCGUACCGAAGGUCAGGCGAUGUUUUGAUUGGCGUUGGAGUUCGCGCGGAGUUUCGUUGGUUCUAUAAAAGCAGAGUUCGGAGCUCCCAAUCAGCAUCAGUUAUCCAUCGAAUCUUCUCGCGCAAACAAGCAGCAGUCACAGCUACCACAAAACCAUCUUCCAAUAUGUUCAAAUUCAUUGCCAUCGUUGCCCUCCUCGUCGCCUCUGUGAGCGCUGGCCUCAUCGAGACCCACCAUGUGGUGCAUGAGCCUGUCCUGGCCAAAGUGGGAACCGUGGUGCACUCUGCACCCUCUGCCGUCUCCCACCAGAGCAUCACCCAGGUGCACAGCAAGUCCUACAUCCAGCCCGUGGUUGCUCCCGUCCUGAAGACCACCAUCCACUCUUCUCCCGCCGUGGCUGUCCAUGCUGCUCCCGUCGUUCACUCCGUGCCCGUUGUCCACCACGCUGCUCCUGUCGUCCACACUCUUCACUCGGCUCCGCUGGUCCACUCCGUGCCUGUGGUGCACCAUGCCGCGCCUCUGGCCUACACCCUCCAUCAUUAG